AUGGUUCAAACACGUAAGGACAAAUACGAUAAUAUUAAUUACCAAAGUGGUAACGACGAGGAUUCAAUCAUCCUCGAUUGCGUGAUGGCAAUGAGAAAUGAAAGAAACGCGUACCGAAGGAUUGCCCAAAUUUUUCCACAAUAUAGUGCUCAUCAAAUUCGGUACCGGUUUCGUAAUAAAAUUAAUCCUUUAACACGCCGGAGAGCUCAAGUACUAUCGUAUCAAGUCCUAUCUCGACUUGUUCUACGAUAA